UCCGCUGACGGAGCACAACCAGUUGUUCGUGCGGGCAUAUGUAUGCGCGGAUCAGCAGGUGCUGUGCUUAACAAAACUGGAUGGAAGUCACGGUUACAAGCACGCCGAUCUGAGGGGACAUUCUCACGGUACGGACUCUUAUUUCCAGGAUGCGCUGACAUAUAUGACAUGCUCACGGCGAUCGGCAGUCACAGGGCGCCGUCAGCCAUUAGGUGUGCUAGCCGCUCCCCCCGCCGAUCUCCGCAAGGGAUGUGAGGACUCUAAAACUUCACCAGAGCCUCCGUCGGCAUAUGGAUAAACUCCACCUGGCAUCUCCACUCCCUCGGUAGCCAUGGCUUUCGCUGUAUCUGGAGGGACCGUGUUCACCAUCCUUCUCAUUAGCAGGUUGUUAGAGAGCUCGUUGCUCAACGCAGAAGUGAAGGAAGGAGAGAUCCUGCCUCCUACCAUUCAGAGGCUGAUGAAAGGAUACAACAAGUACCUCAGGCCUUUCUUUGACAAUGGUCCUGUAACAGUGGGUAUGAGCCUGGACAUUGCCAGCAUUGACACCAUCUCAGAGAUCAACAUGGACUACACCGCCACCAUAUUCCUCCGCCAGCGCUGGACGGACGAGCGCUUGGUGUUUGAGGGCAACAAGAGCUUGAGUCUUGACGGGCGCCUGGUGGAGCUGCUCUGGGUUCCUGACACCUUCAUCGUCGACUCCAAGAAGUCCUUCCUCCAUGACAUCACCGUGGCGAACAGGCUGAUUCGCAUCUUCCCCAACGGGACCGUCCUUUACGCGCUGAGGAUUACCACCACCGUGGCUUGCAACAUGGAUCUGACCAAGUAUCCCAUGGACAAGCAGACCUGCACACUACAACUGGAGAGCUGGGGUUACAACGUCAAUGAUGUCAUGUUCUACUGGACCAGAGGAAAUGAGUCUGUCAGUGGUUUAGACACUCUACAGCUGGCUCAGUACACAGUAGAGGACCACUACACAUCUGUCUCAGAGGCCGUUUAUGAAACUGGCAAUUACCCGAAGCUGGUCUUCCACUUUGAGCUGAAGAGGAGCAUUCUGUACUUCAUCCUUGAGACUUAUGUCCCCUCGAGCCUGCUUGUUGUCCUCUCAUGGGUUUCCUUCUGGAUUUCCCUGUCCUCUGUUCCAGCACGUAUUUGUAUAGGAGUUACCACAGUACUGACCAUGACCACUCUGAUGAUGGGCGCCCGGACAUCACUGCCCAACGCCAACUGCUUCAUUAAAGCCAUUGAUGUUUACUUAGGGAUUUGCUUCAGUUUUAUCUUUGGAGCGCUCAUUGAGUACGCCGUGGCCCACUUCUGCACCCUCACUCACACCGACUCACACAUGCUCAUGUAUUCCCACCAUUUGCACGACCUUGACGACGAAAUGAACGGCAUCAUCACCACCAUCGCCAAUCACAACAGGGCCAAGAGACGCAAGGAGGCUGCCGCGACUCCCACACCGGCCCCUGCCUCUCUAGAACUCACUGUCAGCCCGUCCAGCCCCUCGGGCAGUGAGCCUAAGCCCGAGGCAUCGCCUCCGGAACCUACCAACUGGUGCCUCACUGCUCUGGCCACCGUCCGCAAAGUGCUUCGCUCCAUAAAUUGCUGUCACGUGGAGAACCCUCACCACAUAGACAACUACUCCAGAGUCACCUUCCCCCUCUCUUUUGUCAUGGUUAAUCUGCUCUACUGGACAUAUUAUCUGUACUUUUAGCGUCGGCUUGAGCGCAGCACGUGUCCCAGAGAGUGUGAGACGGAGAGUGUAUGUAGUCAAGAAGUGUAUUUUACUGUAUGUAUGUACAGUAAGUGUUAUUUAGGUUUGUUUCAAGAUGAGUGUGUAAAAUUUCUGCAUUUGGAUUCAUGAGCGAAGUAGCAUACUUAUAUAGGGUUGUCUUCGAGGAAAAGUAAUGGUUAUAAUUACAGCUCCAUUUUUAAAUAUUGUAUACUCAAACUGACAAAGUUUUAUACAGCGGUCUUCUUAAAACUGGGCGAGAUUUGAUCAAUGCUCAUACAACCUGAGAUGAAAAGAACAUUGCUUAGAAAGAAAGACUUCGCGAGUUUGCAUCUUUUUCGCUGUAGUAUAUUCAUUUUAGGUCUAUCACUGUGCAGGUUGUUACUGUUGGACGCACAGAAGAUGGAGCUGUAAUUUAAGGCUUUAUGGCAUAAUAUGCUAGCAUUGCUGAGGGAGAGCAAAAGCCCGCUCCACUUUCAUUCCCUGUUGUGAUGGAUUGAUUAUUGAACUUUACAACUUCAUCUUCCAUUUCUGCCUGCAGGUACAACAUUUAGAGGGAAAUAGCAAAAAUAAUGGAUGGGAGACGAGAGACGAGGGAGCAAAUAACUCAACGAGGAGAGUGUGUUAAAAACUAUAAACCAGUCUCCCAAGGACGACCGCUUCCGUUCGCUGUUGAAACCUCUCUGUCUUCCGUGUCCUUCUGUGAGUUAUUUUUAAUUCACUGAGCAGUGCUGACUCUCUUUGCCUGCAUUUAUUUUUUUCAUUGACACUAUAAAUGUAGUGGCCUUUGAUCCCUUCAGUUGUAUUUUGGAAAUCUGGCCACCAUAGACAGUAUUAUGGCACUUGUCAUCUCACAAAUCUGUUCUGCAGAUUCACGAGGAAGGAAAUGAAACUGAAACAUGAUGACCAAUAAAUUACACGGCAUAAAUAUCACACCAUGGAAUUAAUAAUGAUAUGAAUAAAUAGAGUGAAAUAUAGAUAAGAUUUGAAAUUAUUUCUAAAAUAUUAUUUUAUUUAAAGGGGGCCUUUUAUGCUUUAACAUAUUUUGUGUCUUAUAUAUAGAGUUAGUGUCAGAAAUUCAUAUUAAAUGUAGUUAAAGUUUUAAAUUUUGAGGUAAAAGUAAGUAAAAGUAAUCCCUCUGAGCAAAAUCCUCAGGUUGCAUACCUUUCUGAACACUCCACUUCCAACGGUUUUUCAAUACUCUGGCAACAGUUUGACACCAAAGUGUCACCGAUUUCUUUAUAUGGUCAUCUGCUCCAGGCAUGCCGCUGCAAGUGCUCACAUUAUGUAGCCUUCACUGCUACAUGUAGCUACAUGCUAAUGUCAGCAAAAUAUGUAAUCUUGGUUGCCAGUGUUGGUAAUUUCUCUUUGAUUUCAGAUCAUAUUCCUGCUAGAACAUUGUCAGAUUGUGAGGAUUUUGGCAUAAAAGCUUUUAUUGGUGAUUUUUCACAGUUCAGGGUGCCGCUAUUCUCCAUUACUGCAAGUACACUGCUAUAUGUAGCUCCAUGCUAACAGCAGGAAAACAUGUAAACUUGAUUAUCGAUGUUGUACAGUAUAUUUCUCUCAGAUAUCGGACUGUAUUCCUGUUGUAACAUGUCUGAUUGGGUUUAGAAGCUUUAAUUGGAGAAUUUUCAUUCCCCAGGUGAAAGUACACUGAUAGUGUACAUAUAGCUACGUGCUAACGCCAGGGAAACAUGUAAUCUUUGCUGCUGAUGUUAUUAAUUUCUCCUCAAUUUCAGAUCAUAUUUCUGUUGGAACAUGUCCGGUUAUCUUAAGAAUCUUUUACUGGUGAUUUUUGUGGCAGGAAGUGCAACUAUUCUCCAUUACAGUCACUUCCCUGGCUGCUAUGACAGUACAGAGAUGCAAAUAUACGAAACCUGAAAAUGCUGACAAAUCAGAGCAGAAUGGGCUUUUUCAGGAGAGCGGCUUAAAGAGACAGGUGUAACAGAAAGAGGGUGAAUGCAGGUGUUCCAGCGCAGGCAGUGUAAGGAAAAUGAAGUGUUUUUUUGUUUUGUUUUGUUUUGUUUUGUUUUUUUUAUAAAGCAUGUCAAUAUGUUCUAUUAGAAACCCCAAAUACAAGUAUGAACCUGAAAAUGGGCUUAAUAGGUCCCCUUUAAUCUUUUUUCUUUUUCAUUAUAGGUAUAAAAAUAACAUAGUAAUGGGAUGAGUUUUAAUAAUAAAUAACAUUAUUUUACUAUUUAUUGGUUGAUUUGUAAAUGUCACUUUAUUUAUUCACAUGAGUUUGUAUUUUAGUAUGUUUCAUUUACUUAUUUAAUGUGGGCUUUGUGUUUUAUAUUAACUAGACAUGUGUAAUGCAACAUUGUGACAUACAGGGCAACAACACCAAGACAGACACAUAAUAGUGAUAUACACAGCACUCUUUAUUUGCUGCUGGUAGUGUUUCUCUGUCUUUGUAAAACUUAACACAGCAGUCAGACCUAGAUGUGUUAGACACUGUAGAGUGAUUUGAAUAUGAAUGAAAUGGCCAAAAUAUUUCAACAGGAUGUCAUCAUCUGUGCAUUAUCCAAAUGGAAAAAGGCCUGGAUAUGCUACACUUGAGGUUUCACUUCUCUCCUCAGUUUUUAGGCUGUUGUCAUCUCUCGCUGUGUGACUAUUGAGUAUUUCAGUUCAGGUGAUAUGGUA